AGCGCUAGGAAGAGUAGAAAUACUGACAGCACAAACAUGUACAAAACCCGGAGCAUGUUUCACAAUUCAUCAAGAUGAUAUAUUACCACCGAUACUUAGAACUUCAAAUGAAAAGGUUGGACGGAUAAGAUUUGCCGUCUCAUUGUGUACAGAUAAAUAUACUUGGAAAUGCUUUAUUUAUUUUGCAAUAAUUAAACUUAUCGCAAUGGUGAUAUUUCUUAUUUCUGCCAUCUUUAUGAUUAUAUGGGCACUUCCACCAUUUACAUUAUUGGGACUGCCAUAUAUGUGUCUUGCUUGUAGGAAAAUGGGUGAAUUACAAGUUUAUCUUACUAGAAAUUGCUUGACUUGA